GCUCGCAGCCAACCCUCUGCUUUUUGUUCUGUUUCCCUGUUUCCACGUAACUGAACUGAGUCAUGGCGAUUUCGCUCAAAGGAGAAUCUCUCCGCCGCAUCAUCGUUGGGACAAGGUUCAUGUCACCUUCGUGGUUUCGGAGUAUCGAGCCCGCUCCCAAGGAUCCGAUCCUCGGAGUAACUGAAGCUUUCCUCGCCGAUCAGAGUCCAAACAAAGUCAACGUCGGAGUGGGUGCGUAUCGCGACGACGACGGAAAGGCUGUGGUUUUGGAGUGCGUUAGAGAAGCAGAGAGGAGAAUUGCAGGAAACCAAUUCAUGGAGUAUCUUCCUAUUGGUGGAAGCAUAAAAAUGGUUGAAGAAUCGCUCAAGCUGGCAUACGGAGACAACUCUGAGUUCAUCAAGGAUAAAAGAAUAGCUGCAGUGCAGGCUUUAUCUGGGACUGGUGCAUGUCGACUUUUUGCUGCAUUUCAACAGAGAUUUCAUCCUAAUUCCCAAAUCUACAUACCAGUGCCUACCUGGGCCAACCACCAUAACAUUUGGAGAGAUGCUGGAGUGUCUAUGAAGACAUUCCGUUACUAUCAUCCAGAGUCUAAAGGAUUGGAUUUUGAAGGACUGAUGAACGACAUGAAGAAUGCUCCAGAUGGUUCCUUCUUUCUGCUUCAUGCUUGUGCGCACAAUCCUACUGGAGUAGAUCCUUCAGAAGAACAAUGGAGAGAGAUCUCUUCCCAGAUUAAGGCUAAGGGUCAUUUCCCUUUCUUUGACAUGGCAUAUCAAGGUUUUGCUAGUGGUGAUCCAGAGAGAGAUGCAAAAGCCAUAAGGAUUUUUCUGGAGGACGGUCAUUUAAUUGGACUAGCUCAGUCAUAUGCAAAAAAUAUGGGACUGUACGGCCAGCGAGUUGGAUGCCUGAGUGUGCUCUGUGAAGAUGAGAAACAAGCUGUGGCUGUAAAAAGUCAGUUACAGCUGAUUGCAAGACCCAUGUACAGUAACCCACCUGUCCAUGGAGCGCUUAUAGUUUCAACUGUUCUUGGAGAUCCAGAGUUGAAGAAGUUAUGGCUCAACGAAGUCAAGGGCAUGGCAGAUCGCAUCAUCGGAAUGAGGACCACACUACGAGAGAACUUGGAAAAGAGGAAUUCUCCUUUGCCCUGGCAGCACAUAACCAAUCAGAUUGGUAUGUUCUGCUACAGUGGAUUGACACCGGAACAGGUUGAUCUUAUGACAAGCAAGUUUCAUAUUUACAUGACCCGUAAUGGUCGUAUCAGUAUGGCUGGUCUUAAUACGGGCAAUGUGGGAUAUGUUGCUGACGCUAUCCAUGAGGUUACAAAAUCUUCCUAAAUAAUUCAAUUUACCAAUUGAACAAUUUUUGGUUUUGGGAGGAAAGAAGUCUUCUCAGAACUAAAAUAAAUAUAUAUUCAUUUUUAUGAAGCACUCCGAUGUGUAUCACCAUUUCAUCAUUUUUGUUAUUUAGAACAGUUUAAGUAGCAGAUCGGAUGAUAGAGCUUAUUUAUGACGAACAAUAUAUGUUCACUGAAAUGUAUUACUUUCUUAAGAAAUGACAGUAGCCAAUUUAGAGUGUUUGAACUUCUUUAGAUAAUUAAUAUGCUUAUGUUUGGCC